UCACGAGUGGUGGGGGGGUGAGAAAAGGUGGUUCCCUUCUGCACCGGACCGACGGCGGAGAGGCGCACAGGUAGCCAGCAGUAGUACUGCGGGCUCCCGCUAGUCUACCUAGCGACACGACCGGAGAGUGCGGAGGUGCGAGCCUCGGCGAAGCCUCCCCGCAUCCUCUUCUCCCGCUCGGGUCACCUUAGCUCUCGUCCACCGGCAUCUCCCGACGAUGACACCUGGCAAACGAGGAGCCGCAGUCAUGUCCUUCUCGGUGGCGAUAUUCGGCGCGCUGAUGCUGCAGUCCGUCUCUUCCCAGUACGAGCCGAGCAUCUUCGCUUCGGAAUCCGCCGUGCUUCCCGUGGAAGGCGACGUCCUCAUGCUGCAGUGCAACCUGACCUCCAACCAAAAUGCCUUCCAGGAAAGCUUCUGGAUGAAGAACGGGGAGGAGAUCCCAGAGACACGCAGCUCAAAUAGGAACACGGAGCGCAGGAUAAACAGACCACGAGGUGAUGACACUGGUGUGUACAUGUGCGUCUACACCUUUGAGAGUGCGCCUCCAGCCAAUGCCACCAUCGAAGUUAAAUCUGCUCCUGAGAUCACAGGCCACAAGCGGAGUGAGAAUAAGAACGAGGGCCAGACCGCUGUACUUUACUGCAAGUCUGUGGGCUUCCCUCACCCUCUGUGGACCUGGCGCAAGUUUGAAAACGGCAUAUUUAGGGAAAUCGAUAACUCAACUGGACGCUUCUUCAUCAGCAGCAGAGACAACUACACUGAGCUCCAGAUCAUGAACCUGAACAUUAGUUUAGACCCAGGGGAGUACCACUGCAAUGCCACCAACAUGAUUGGCAGCCGCGAUGAGAAGUCCGUGCUGAGAGUCCGCAGCCACUUGGCCCCUCUAUGGCCUCUGCUGGGGGUUUUGGCUGAGAUCAUCAUCCUGGUCAUCAUCAUUGUUGUUUAUGAGAAGCGCAAGAAGCCAGAAGAUUUACAAGACAAUGACGACCCAGCUGGACCAGUGAAAACUAAUUCUACCAACAACCACAAAGACAAGAACCUGCGCCAGAGGAAUACAAACUGAGCAGCCUGUCUGCUAAGUUUCAUUAUACAUGUAUUGACCAUAUGAAGGUAAAAAGGAGGGGAACACAUACCACUUAAUGGGCUGUAUCUGCCAUUGAAAGUAUGCUUGUGGAGACAAAUGAGGCAUGCCUUAUGAUUUGAGGGUGGGAGGUCUGGAGGUACUGACACCACUAUGGAAUUGUUGACUUUAUAAUCAUUGUUGCUGCAUGCGGUUGUUGACUUUUAUUAUUUUUCCCUCUUAUCCACAUUUUUACUACUUCUAAUGUAAUGCAUGCAAGACGUUUACCUUCUGUUUGCUACAGAAAUGGCUUCUUUCUUUUUUCAGAGUGGCUUCAUGUAGAUAAGAGUACUGUGUGUUCUAAAGGAAAAACAAAACUCUGCAAUGUAAAAGAUAACGCCACCAUAAUCUGGUAUGACAGUCGUGUACAGUUUUAUCAUUGCGCUGCAUACCAUUUUUUAGGCUUUUGUUUUCAUUUUAUCAGAAUAUAUAUAGAUUACAUAUUAAGGGCUUUGCAAUGUCCCUCUUCUAUUGGUUAAAGUUUACUUUAAUGGAUGUAUGUACUGUAUUUAUUAAAUUGCUAGCUAUAUAUCAGAUCACCGUUAAUAUAAAGUCUAUUCAUAUAAUGCACUUAAAUGUUGAGAAUAAUGAAAACCUGUAUAAACCUACUUUAGGAAGUCUGUACUAAUCAUUCUAACAUUGUUUUCUAAUUCUGUGUAUUGUACAGCAUGGCUAUUAUCCUAUGCAAUUAUUACCCAUAUCAAUAUAUUGAAAAUCAUUGCGGCUUUUGAUUUCUCUGUGACAAAGCUUUAAACAUGUAGGAUUACCAUAGAGCGUUGAUGGCAUACUGCACAGCUGCAUGAAUUCUCUACAGCUGACGUGGGAGGCGGCGAAAGUUGGCACACGUCAGGACUAACACGUUUCAAUCCCAAUCUCCAGAUCCAGAGUCAUUUUAUGAAUAAAUAUCUUGGAAAAAUA